AUGUCAAUCGUCCACCUGAACAGCGUCAAAAUCCUCAACGCAGAGGCCAAGUUCGAAGACCCUUACAUCUUCAAAAUCACUUUCGAAUGCAUCUCACCGUUGCAAGAUGAUAUCGAGUGGAGAUUGGUCUAUGUUGGAUCUGCCGGAGAUGAGAAAUAUGAUCAAGAAUUGGAUAAUUGUAUGGUGGGGCCUGUUCCUGUUGGCAUUAACUCGUUCGAAUUUGAAGCAGCAGCCCCAUCCCCAUCCAAAAUCCCCCCUGAAGACCUUCUAGGCGUAACCGUUAUCCUUCUCACCGCCUCUUAUCGAGACCAAGAAUUCAUUCGAGUCGGAUACUACGUAAACAACGCCUACGAGACAGAAGAGUUAAGAGAAAAUCCUCCAGAGAAAGUAGACUUGACGCAGGUUAGAAGAGAAGUUCUCGUAAGCAAACCAAGAGUAACGAGGUUCAACAUCAAGUGGGAUGAUGCUGCUCCCGUUGCUGCCUCGACAUCAACAGGAUCUGCGGGGAUGGCGAAUGGGGAGGGUGUUACUGCAUGA